AUGCCCGCCGACAUCAGCCAGUGGUCCGGGCCACUGAGCCUGCAGGAAGUGGACGAACGCCCUCAGCACGCGCUGCGGGUCGCCUACGCUGAGGUGGAGGUGGACGAGCUGGGCAAAGUGUUGACGCCCACCCAGGUUCAGAAUAGGCCCAGCAGCAUUUCAUGGGAUGGCCUUGACCCAGGAAAACUCUACACCCUGGUCCUCACCAACCCGGAUGCUCCCAGCAGGAAAGACCCCAAAUUCAGGGAGUGGCACCAUUUUCUGGUGGUCAACAUGAAGGGCAAUGACAUCAGCAGUGGCAAGGUCCUCUCCGAUUACGUGGGCUCUGGGCCUCCCAGUGCCACAGGCCUCCACCACUACGUCUGGCUGGUGUACGAACAGGACAAGCCACUGAACUGUGACGAACUCAUCCUCAGCAACAGGUCAGGAGAUCAUCGCGGCAAGUUCAAGGUGGCAGCCUUCCGCAAGAAGUAUCACCUGGGAGCCCCGGUGGCGGGCACAUGUUACCAGGCAGAGUGGGAUGACUACGUGCCCAAGCUGUAUGAGCAGCCCUCUGGGAAAUAG